CAAAUGCGUCCCCAAGCUCACACUUUGCUUUUAUCAAGGCUAUGAGUAGUAUUUGCUUUUUACUAGUUUUUGCAGGGCAGGUUUUAGGGCAUGGUAUGAUGAUGGAUCCGAUAAACAGAAGUUCACUAUGGAGACAAAAUCCCUCGUUUCCUCCUAAUUAUGAGGAUAACGAAAACUUUUGUGGCGGAUUUAGUGUUCAAUGGCAAGUACAUGGUGGAAAAUGUGGGGUAUGCGGUGACAACUAUGGAGACGCUGUUCCAAGAGAAAACGAAAACACUGGAAAAUACGGGUUAGGAUACGUUGUGAACAGAUAUCCAUCAGGAAGUGUAAUCAGUGUUACGAUUAAAUUAACAGCGAAUCACAAGGGAACAUUCUCUUACAGCUUGUGCAAAUUGGAAGACUCCACAAAACCAGAAGAUGACAGCUGCUUUCAACAGUUACGUUUCGCGGAUGGUUCAGAAACGUUUGUAGUAGACUCUAAUUUAUUUGAUGCUACAAACUUAGUUCAGUUGCCAGAUAAUUUGGUCUGUGAGCGAUGUGUUCUGAGAUGGCACUACAGAACGGGUAAUAAUUGGGGAGAAUGUGGGAAUGGAACGGGUGCUCUCGGAUGUGGUCCACAAGAAACAUUUAGAUCUUGCUCCGAUAUAGCAAUCUAUUAAAUCGUAGUAUUUGAAUAAAAUUUUAGUUACCUAA